CCUAAAGCUGAUCAUACCCUCUUUCUCUACUUCUUCAACAUGUCACAACAUUCACUCUCCCAGAGUAACCCAAGACUUAGGUCAUGGCAGCGGUGCUCAAGGCAUAUACGGAAGCGGCGAGCCCGGCUUUAUAUCAUUUGGAAGUGCACACUUAUGCUCCUGCGGUGGCGCGACUACUACUGAUCUGCCGGCUUAUUAGGUGAAAC